UUUAAAUUAGUUUGUUUGAUUCAGUAUAGAUUUGAAAAUUUAAUUAUAUAAUAAAAUGCAAUCUACUUUCCAACGACACGGAUUUACUAAUAACCCUUCUUUGAUGCUACGAAAUGAUAAGUUUCCAAGAACUCCAAAAUGUGCUCGUUGUCGCAACCAUGGUGUUGUAAGCGCAUUGAAGGGCCAUAAAAGAUACUGCAGAUGGAAGGAUUGUCUUUGUGCCAAAUGUACCUUGAUUGCUGAAAGACAAAGAGUCAUGGCGGCACAGGUCGCACUUCGACGACAACAAGCCCAAGAAGAAAACGAAGCACGAGAGCUACAAUUGCUUUACGGCGUCACUGGAUUAAAUUCUAGCAGUAUGACAAGAGACCAUGAAAGAGAGAUCCCAAAAAGGCCUCGACUUGAUUCUUACCCUUCGGGGUCAGAAGACACGGAACCAGGGACAAUUUCUCCCGAAAAUCAUAAAAGAAUGAAGUUUACGGAUGUGGAGUCUAGUAAUGUAGAAAUAUCAAAAAAUUUCGGCAAUAAGUUAGAAAACGAGGAAACAGAAAAGACAUCGAAAAUGGCCGUGCUUUUACGACUUUUCCCAAACAUUGAUGCAAAUGUUCUUGACUCUAAAUUGGAGGAGUUGGAUGGAGAUAUAGCAAAAGUUAUAGAAAAGAUUCUUAACGAAAAAGAUUCGAGUACAAGUGAAGAUUCUGUGGAUAAUCGUAUUGAUAAAAAUCAAAACAGUAUCAAUCUGAAAAACGAACAAAAGCCAAUAACAGUAGAAAUGACUCCUCGAGAAAAAGUCAACAAUUAUAUUUCAAGAAACUUUCAAAACAUAGGCAAUUUUGAGAACAUGCUAUCACCACCGGUCGAUCCUGCCUUGGAAAUAUAUCCAAGACAAUUUCAAAUUGAACCAUCAAGACAGCCGAUACAUGGCCAUGAAUUCUACAAGUCUAUGAUUCAUCGAUUGUCACAAAGCGGGAUGUUGAAUCCAUUUAUGAAUUUCCAUCAUCAGUCAUCAAUUCCGCCAUAUUUUAUGCAAAACUUUCCAACUCCAAUAAGAAGGGAUACCAGCUUUUUAAAAGUCAUGCGAAGAGUUCAGAGUGAAAACAAUAACCCGUGUAGCGACUCAGCAACUGCGAAUGAACAUUUGUCGGAAUGAUUCAAAUGUAAUUGAGCCAUUUCGUAUAUUCCAUAUUUUGUAAGGCAAUGAAGACUAUUAGUUUGAGGGAUAAUAUCACUCUUUUCUUCUGAAAAUGUUUUUUUGUCUUCGUGCUUUCACUAAUCUUAAAUUUGAAACUGACAUCCGCAUUAAAUUGUGAUGAAUUUUACGAUGUUUUAUUCAUUUUUUAUUUCAAUUAUGCCUCACUCGAAUUCAAUUCUUAAUUGCAACUUUAUUUGUUCACUUGAUAAAAGUAAUAUUCGAAAACAAUAUGAAAGAUAUACAAGUUUUUUGUUAAAUGUUUCUUCUAUUCUCUACUUUAUUCCAUUUACGCAAAGAGGUUUAUGGAAGUUUUGUGGCUAAGUAGAAGAAGUUAAUUUGGCGUACGGAAGUAAGAUGUUUAACUCAAUUGUCAUAUUUCCGUCCGACAUAGCCCACUUAAUUUAUUACACCAUGUGUGAAGUGGUGUCUUUGGUGAACCUUCGCGUUCACCUGCACCGCCAUGAUGAUAAUUGUCGGAUUAUCGCACCUAUAUUCUUCUUCUUCUAUUUCGCUAGUUCUAUAAACUGUCCACUAAAGUACAUAGUGCCAAUUACAUAUAUAUCCAAAGCGGCAACACAUGCCAGGCGAAAAUUAUUCUGAUGAUCGUUUCUAAGUGUGAUAUAUGUAAUUGUUGGUGUGUUUCGGACUCACAAACAGAAUAAUUUAUGAGAUAACUUUAAUGUUGCGAUACAUGUGACGAUGACAAGGAAAGCAUCUCA